AUGCUGAAUCGAAGCACACCGUCCAAGUCCACUAGGGACUUCCUGGGCACGCCAGCCCGAGCGGAACGCGUUCGACGCGCCAGCGGCAGCAGUCCUUUCGUCGCCAGUCCCGAGUUGUUGACCUGGAACGAGGACCUGCACGGCACACCCCCUGUGGGCGUGGCCAGAAGCUUUGCGUCCUCACCAGCCGAGGUGGGCAUCCUGCACGCGUCACCCGAGGAGUUUUGUAGCGGAGUGCUGUGCCCCAAGACGCCGGAAGCCACGUGGGGCUUCACACCGUGCCGAAGCAGUCGAAGCUCUUUGGGCGGCACCUCAGGCGGAGGUGCCACACCCUCGAAGCUGACCGCAUCAACGCCCUCGCGAAUCAUCAACAUCCGGACGCCCUUGCGACCCUGCUCCAAGCAACGGAGCAAGGAGUUCCAAGAUGACGUCCGAUGUGCUUUAGAGGAGCAGUCAGCGGAGCUGUUGCGGGUGGCGCUUCAGCGACGUCAUCCCUGCCCCAUGGAUCAUGCCUUGCACGAGGCCGUGCGCCAGGGCAACUGUGAUGCUGCACGGCUUCUUCUAGAGAACUCCGCCGAGCCCAACGACCGCUGCCUGGCCCUGGACCACGGAGAGUUCCCCUUGCAGCUGGCCUUGUCCUCCAACUUGGUUUCGGCGUCGGAUCGCCACCAGAUGGUGGAGCUCUUGCUCGACGCGCGGGCCGAUGUGGGUCAGCGCCGGAAUGAUGCCGAGGGCCAUACUCCUUUGCACGACGGCGUUCGGAGAGGAGACCCAGGUGUUGUUGCACUCCUCUUGAGGCACCAAGCGGACCCCAACGCCACCAACGCCUUUGGCGAGGCGCCCUUAGAGUUAGCCGCUCGAGGAAGCUUCUAUACUGAUGUGAGAGACUCAUUCUCCUUGGUGGAGGCAUGGCUGGCGGAGCAGCUGUCAGCCUGCAAGCUGUUCUCCUUCAAUGGGGCGCGUGCCCUUUGCUGCCAGGCGCUCCGGGGCCAUUCCCACGCACCAGCAGAAGCCUUGCAGCCGCCGUCCUUUGGUGAUCCCGGAGUCUUGGGAGUGCGCCAGGUCUUGGGAGUGUGCCGGCUGCAGCGGGAGGCCGUUCUUCCACCAGUGCGACCCGCCAUCUCGGUGGCCGGAUUCAUGGUGCUGGGGCUGGCGGCAGGGGCCUUAUGGAGGCGGAGAAAGGUGAGUUCCAGGCAGUUCUUGGAGCGCCUCAAGCUUCCGUUGCAACCGAGCUUGCAGCAAGUCAUCGGCGUCUUGCAGCGCGUGGACCCGGCGCUGGGGAAUCUCGCGGAGACGGUGUCCCAGGUUUGGGGCCUCUUGCAAAGCGAGCUGGCCGAGCAGCUCACGGAGGACGCGUCCGGCGCGAGAUCCGGACGACUUCUUCUUCAUUUGUUCGCCCUGGGGCGUUUGAAGAGCCUGCAAUCUGCUGGCUUUGACCUCCCAGUGGAGCAGGUGCCUUUGGUCUCCGACCUUCCACAGCUCACAGAAGCCUAUCGCCUCACCAAACUGGCCGUGGCCUCCUACGGCGCCAAUGUGUUGGCCUUGGUGGGUCUCUUGCAGUUCAAGGAUGCUUGGCCAUCGGCCGGCCCUGACCGCGACCGAGUGGCGGCUGCACGGUACUUGGAGGUGCCCGUCGAGCGGAUGUUGGCUUACGGGACCUUGGGGGACUCCCGGAAGGAGAGCGAAGAGCCCAAGAGCGCACUGGAGCGCUUCAAGCCAUGGUGGAUCCUGAUGGAGGACGGAGACGAACUGAUUUUGUCCAUCCGUGGGUCUGCAAACAUUGAUGACAUUGCGACAGAUUUGGCCUGCGCCACUUGUGAAUUCUUGCAUGGCUACGCGCAUGAGGGCGUGGCCGGAGCUGUUUCUGCAGUUUGGGAUGAAGCUGAGUCCGAAGUGGCAAAAGCCAUUCAAGCACGCGACUACCAACGCUUGGUGGUUUGUGGCCACAGCUUGGGUGGUGCCGUGUCACUGCUGCUGGGGAUGAAGCUCCGUGCGACCAACGCUCUCCCACUGGAGGUGCACGCCUUCGCAGCAGGGCCGCCGCCCGCCUUCCAAGGGGAGUCCCGACCUGAGUUGGAAGAGGGUCUCAUCUCCGUGAUCAAUCGCUUUGACCCGGUGCCCCACCUCUCACUGGAUGCAGCUCUACGGAUGGUGCUUGCUGCCGAAAAGCUGGCGGAUGAAGGGCUUUCCUGGCAACAGACCUUGGGGUUGGUGGUGGGCACAAACGAGUUUGCCUCCCCGAAGUUUGACGAUCUCAUCGCCAAAAUCCCCAAGCAAGCAAAGGCGCCGCUGCGGAUUCCUGGCGAAGCCAUUUGGUUGGUGGACGCCUGUGCUGGGCGUCAGGUGUUGGCUGUCGACCUGCGGGGCCGGCUCCAGGACUUUGUGGAGGAACUCCCCGAGAUCUCGGUGGCGCAGUCGGCGCUGGAUCACGUCAUGUCGACCUACGUCUACAACAUGGAGAAGGCCUUGAAACGUGUGACCUAG